CCCGUCAGUGCUGCCUUUCAGUGCCCAUCAUUGCUGCCAAUCAGUGACCAUCAGUGCCGCAUAUCAGUGCCCAUCAGAGUUGCCUUUCCAGUGCCCAUUAGCGAUGCCUAUCAGUGCCACCUAUCAGUGUCCAUCACUCCGCCUAUCAGUACCCAUCAUCAGUGCUGCCUAUCAGUGCCAUAUAUCAAUGCCACCUAUCAGUGCUGUCUAUCAGUGUCACCUAUCAGUGCCGCCUAUCCGUGCCACCUCAUUAGUGCUGCCUAUCAGUGCCCAUCAGUGCUGCCUAUCAGUGCCCUUCAGCACCGUCUAUUAGUGCCCAUCAGUGCUGCCUCAUCAAUGCACAUCAGUGAAGGAGAAAAAUUACCUGUUUGA